GAGUGUGAGUAAGUGUGACUGUCAAAUAUUUGCCAUUCAGCUGCUCGCGCACAGUCAUGCUGUUCUCUUCUUUUAAAAUUAUCGCGCUCAAUUUGUAUUUAAUAAAUUAAUGGGCGUUAAAGAAUUAUGGAGCAUUUUAACACCAUAUGCAGAUCGCAAACCAAUAUGCGAACUACGCGGCAAGAAGGUGGCUAUAGAUCUGGCUGGAUGGGUUUGCGAAAGUCUUAAUGUUGUCGACUAUUUUGUGCAUCCACGGCAUCAUUUGAAGAAUCUCUUCUUUCGAACGUGUUACCUCAUCUGGGAACAGGUGACGCCAGUGUUUGUAUUGGAAGGAGUCGCUCCCAAACUUAAAAGUCAGGUAAUAGCUAAACGCAAUGAGAUGCAAUUUCGUGGUGUGCGGCCCAAGGAUAAGGAUAAGGAUGCCGCGGCGCCCACACAAGCAGUAGCCAAAAGCGACAAAGGACGCACACGUUUCAAUCAUGUACUCAAGCAAUGCGAAAAUCUAUUGCUGUCCAUGGGCAUACAAUGCGUUCAAGGACCAGGAGAAGCUGAAGCAUAUUGUGCUUUUCUUAACAAGCACGGUUUAGUUGAUGGUGUCAUUAGCCAGGACUCCGACUGCUUCGCGUAUGGUGCGGUGCGUGUCUAUCGAAACUUUUCAGUGUCCACGCAAGGUGCUCAGGCAGCAGCUGGUGGUGCAGUAGAUAUUUAUGAUAUGCAAGAAAUUUGCAAUCGCAUUGAUUUCGGGCAAAAUAAAGUAAUUGUUAUGGCUUUGCUAUGCGGUUGCGAUUAUUGUCCCGAUGGCAUAGGGGGCAUAGGAAAAGAUGGCGUACUAAAGCUGUUUAACUAUUACAAGGAGUCGGAUAUAUUGGAUAGAUUACGCAACUGGCGUUUCGAGACGGAUAAAUACAACGCACUGGAAUUGCGUGUGGACGACAAAUCCAUUUGUAGUAACUGUGGACAUAUUGGGCGUACACAAAGCCAUACAAAAAGUGGCUGUGGCGUUUGUCGCACGCAUCGCGGCUGUGAUGAAAGCUUAUGGAAAGAACAGCGACUCUCUAUCAAGGCGGAGCUGACAUUGCGUAAAAAGGCUUUACUAGAUGUAGCCUUUCCGAAUGAAGAGAUCAUAUCAGAGUUUCUGUCUCAGCCUGAAAAACUUCCCAAUUUGAAGCUUGACUGGCGACAGCCUAAUAUUGUCAAAUUCAUCAAACAAAUUGGUCACCUUCUGCAAUGGCCAGAAAUCUAUUGCUUUCAAAAGUUUUUCCCUUUGCUGACCCGCUGGCAGGUGCAGCAGCCAAACGAAGCCCUGAACCUGGUCAAGCCACAAGAGAUUAUCAAGAAGCGCACCGUGAAGGGAAUUGCCAGCCUGGAAUUACGUUGGGAAGACACUCGCGGCUGCUUCAAGGGACUUAUACCACAUGAUCAAAUUGAAGAAUUCAAACUGGAUCAUCCAAAGGGUGUUGAGGAACUCUAUUACACAAUUGAGCCAUUGGACAUGUUGCAGGCUGCCUAUCCAGAUUUGGUAUCUGCCUUUCUGAAAUCCAAGGAGAAACCACCUAAAAAGGCAGCUACACGCAAAAAGAAAACUAACUCAGAUGCGCCGCUCAGUGCCGUUGAAAAUCUCUCGGACUUGGCAGCAGUAACUGCAGAAAUUAUCACGAAACCCAAGCGUGUUAAAAAGAAGAUGCCAAGUAAUAUACCAACAUAUGGACAAAAAACAAUGCAGCAAUUCCUUAAACAGAAAGAGAAUACACCAAUUAAGCCCUCUCGUCAGUUGGCAAACCAAUGUUCCACACCUCUUAACAAGCAUUUGCCUUCUGAUUUGGAGAGUGAUGGCGAAUUCGAUAUGUCCGACAUUAUCAAAGGCAUCGUUUCUAAUCCACAAGCAGCGCCUGCGGUGACGAAGCACGAGGGAUAUCAGCUCCACUAUGAACCGUUGGCGGAGGAUUUAAGCCUUCGCUUAGCGCAGCUGAGCUUGCACAAGGAUGAUGAGUCACACCAGCAAGGCUUACUGAUGGAUGAUGUAGAUUUGCUGGUUCAAAAGCGCCGUGACAUCUCUAUGAAGACUGAGAGUAUGCCAUUGGCUAAACGCUACUCUUUAGACGACAGUUUUGAUCUGUUGGUCAAAGGGGAUCUACAAAAAGUGCCACAUCUGGUCCGAACUCCCGUGGAUCGUUUUAAACAGCAGCAUCGGCUGUCCACUACCAGCGAACCGAAAAGUACGCAACAACUGCCAUCUAUCAAGUCAACAGCAAAUGUCAGUUAUUUCUUUAAUCAAAGUGUUGAAGGUACCGAUGCGUUUGAGCAAUUGAUGGAGUCCAGUUUGAUACACUCGGAUCAAGAUUUGGUGGUAAUCAGUGACAGCGAAUAGAUUUUUUUAUGUACAUCAAUAGUCUGCAAUAUAUUCUCGCUAACAAUAGCAAACUUAAAGCUGGCCUUUGUUCU